CCACUAGCACAAUCCCACGUAGCACCGCAGCUCUCCGAUCAAACGCGCGCCCGGCUCAGCGCAAACGUUCAAUCAAGUUUUUUAUCAUUCGACCAAUGAAACCGCAGGUGUUACCACCGGCCAUGGUGUCGUAUCUGUGCGAGGGAGAGAUCAAUGACAAAUAUGUGGGCCAUAUGAUCGCCCUCAACCGCAAACUGGCGUUCAGCAAGAAGGCUAUCGCUAAGAAGGACAUAGGCUGUGUGGAGGAGGUCAGGCCGGAGAUCCAAAAGCUCGCCAUCAAGGUGUGUACACGAGUGAGUGUGGCAGUGUGA